AUGAGCAAGGCACAAUCCAUUUACAGUCUCAAAUCAGUCGGCUCUCCCGGCUCUUUAGACUUUCGUUUGUAUAUGGAACGAAAAGGGUCACCGAUUUCGAUCUGGCAUGACAUACCUUUGUGGGCCGAUGAGGAGGAAAAGGUUUUGAACAUGGUGGUGGAGAUCCCACGAUGGUCCAACGCAAAGUUCGAGAUCUCUAGGACCGAAGAAUUCAACCCGAUAAAGCAGGACGUCAAGAACAAUAAAGCCCGCUUCGUACGUAAUGUUUUCCCCUAUAAAGGGUACAUCUGGAACUACGGCGCCCUUCCGGGAACUUGGGAAAAUCCCUCUCAUGUUCACCCAGACACUAAGCACCCUGGUGACAACGAUCCCCUCGAUGCUUGUGAGAUAGGUGAACAGGUCGCGUAUACUGGUCAGAUUAAAAGAGUCAAGGUCCUUGGGGCAAUGGCCCUCCUCGAUGACGGCGAAACCGACUGGAAGAUUAUUGUCAUCGAUAUCAAUGAUCCGCGCGCUGCCGAGGUGAACAAUAUUGCAGAUGUACAAAAACACUUCCCAGGUCUUUUAGAGGCGACAUGGGAGUGGUUCAAGCUCUACAAAGUUCCCGAUGGCAAGGCGCCGAACAAGAUCGCCUUGGACGGCGAGUUUAGAGAUCAAAGCUAUGCCAUAUCGAUAGUCAACGAAUGCAAAGCAGCAUGGGAAAAGUUGAUCAACGGCAAGGUACUGGCUGAGGAUAUAAGCCUCAUUCGGGGCAAUGAAAUGGACACAAUCGCGAGCUCAGCCAACUACACAGGCAACGAUGAAUGUCAACCGUCAGAAGAGAACUUGGAUAAAUGGUUCUUCUUGAGGAAGUAG